AUGUUGCAGUCUAGCGAUGAAAGUCUGCGCAAUUGCAUUGACGUAAAACAAGGUACCAAGGACUUGUCAACCUUUAGCAAAGUUCUUUGCAUUUACACAAGAAAACCAGACUCUUUUGAGCUCAACUCGAUAAGGGACAAGCAAAACUCCAGGUUUUCCGAGAAAUGGAAUGAUUUCAUCAAAUUUUUGAAGGAGGCUAAAGUUCUCGAGGUCGGACCAGCUGGAUUGACGGAGCGAAUUAUCGAUAAUGCUAAGAUUGAAAGCUUCACUAAUCUUGUAAACUCUCCUAUCAAAGUCACUGAAUUUCACCAAGCAGGUGAGAGCCAAAUUCGCGGCAUCAUAACAACCUUAGAGAACGAAAAUCAGUUCAAUGACUGGCUAAUCGGUCAUAUACUUGAACAAGCUCGCUUAGAUUCCGAUGAAAAGCAUUUUAGAUUGAACGAAAAGCCCUAUGAUGAGUUAUUCACGAGUUAUUUCGCGGACAAUUUGAAAAAUACUACAUUGAAAGACGAAUGGGAAUCAGGAGGACGCGAGCAUUUUCUGGAAAGGGUUAAGUAUUUCACCGAUCGAUAUUUGACGAUUGAAUGUAUCUUACCAGCCUUCCCUUGUAAGUCUUCUAACGUUAAUAAAGUUCAUGGUGCGAUACCAGAUAAAGGCGAGGAAUUAGCCUUGAGACGGCUUAUUGCGGCCACCCGAGAAGUUCAGAGCUUUUACCCACCGGGUAUGAAGAUUUGGAUUGUAAGUGACGGUCAUGUAUUCAGCGAUUGUAUUGGCGUGGACGAUGACGUUGUUGACAAUUACACGGCGGAGCUUCAUGAGCUCUACAAAAGGCUGGCUAUUCCGGGAGUCGAUGCUAUUGGUUUCGUUGGUUUGAAAGAACUGUUUCUUAGUGAUGCGACCAUGACAAACUUUGAUGAGUCUAUGGUUAGCGAGAUCGAUUUGCCUCAUUACACUGGGUCUAAAAUAUGUGAGGUUUCGGAGCUUUCGAGACGAAUCCUCAUGAAAGGAUUUGACACUGAUGAUGGAACGUUAAGACAGCAAAUCUUAAUUCCCGGCCACCCGAGAUUACACCUAUUCAGAGGUUUUUCGAAAUUUAUGAUGGACGACCUUUCCCACUUGAGCCACUUCAAAGAAUCUUCGAAAAAGGGUUUCAAGAAAGUUGUUUCCAAAGUGGCAUUUGAGAUGAUAAAACGCAACGAUGCCUAUUCAAAUCUGGUCGAAUUACUGUUUCCACACCACUUGCGAUUCUCUAUCCAUGCGCACACGAACUCAGGUCCCAAAUUUGGAGUAAAAAUCAUUUCGAAGCACCAAUGUAAAAUUGUCAAAUCCUUAGAUGCCCAAGACGAGCCAUCUUUCGAAGAUUUGCUGCAUAUCCCGACUCCUUGGCAUAAUUGCGUGAUCAAGCUGCACGAUGUCUAUUAUUUGGCUAAAUCUAAGGUCGCCAUAGAUGCAAUAACCAGCGGCCAUUAUGAUGGCCAAUGGGAGGAUGGAGGUGAUGAAAAGGACGUCGGAGGCCAUUUCGUCAUCACAAAAAGCUUGCGCUUACAGAAACAAAUGUAA